GGAGCGACCGCUUCAACUUUAAUUUUUUUCGCCAGUUUUUCAGCUCUAAAACCUGCUUUUUCGCCUCCACUUGUUCCCGGGAAAUGUUUGUUGUGAUCGUGUCGGUAUGGCAGACUCGUGACAGGAGGUUUUCUCCCGGGAAGAGAGUUUAAACUGAUCGGUUUUAAGUUGAAGCUGCAAAGCUGGAGAGGAAAAAGAGAAUUGCAUCAAAUCAAAUGCCAUCUGAGGCUCAGCCCCAGGAGCCUCGGGACCGGGGCCCGGCUCCCCCCGUCACUCGGGCUGGACGCAGCGCUCAGCUGGCCAAAGCCGCAGCCACAAGCCCCGCCCUCGAGAGGAGGUCCAGGGGCCGACCUCGCAAAGAUGGACCCCCAACCCCCCCUCCUCCAACACCUACGCCUCCCAAAGCCAGGAAGGGGCGGAGUCGAGGUCGAGCCCAUGUAGAGGAUGAUGAGAGCAUGGACGCCACGGAGAAACCCCCCCCCCAGAAGACAGAGGUGAAGGAGAACACAACAGGACGUCGACGGUCCACCUCCAGGAGAAAGUCCAACACAAACCCUGAACCAGAGCCCAGUCCAGAACCAGACCCGGAAGAAGCUCCGGCCCCCAGCCCUGCUCCAGCUUCCAACCCUGAGGAGGAGCCUCCAGUCCGACCCCCCUCCCCGGACCUGAUCUCGGUCCACAGCCCCCCCUCCAGCCCUGCUCCUGGUCCUGAGGAGGAGCAGGAGGAGGAGGAGGAGGAGGAGGAGGAGGAGGAGGUCCGGCCCAUCCCAAGCCCUGUCCCCAUGGAUCCAGAGGGGGAGUGUCCCGUGGAGCAGAGCCCACCAAUGAGCCCCUGCUCCUCCAGUCCUCCGGCCUCCCCCUGCCCCCCCCUGGAGGAAGAGGAUUCGUUGUCCCCCCUCUUCCAGCUUUCGGAGGAGGGGGGCUCACCCACCCCCAGCCUUGGACACACCAAAAAACGUCUGAAGCAGUGUGCCUUCUGUUUCCGAGGGGAGGCCCCCCCCCUGGGUCAGGGCCCCCUGGUGGUGUUCGGCCCAACGCCGGGCUACAUCCCUCUGCACAUCCUCAACAGCCGCGCCCCCCCCGACCGAGACAACGACUGCCACGACCACUGUUACCGCGGAGACCAGGCGCCGCCCCCGUGCAGCAGUCCAGAACAGUGUGAGUCUUCCUCGGAGUUCCUGGAGCAGCUGGGACCCGUCGGCCUUCCUCACGACAUCAACGUCCAAUCACUGUUCGACCCCACAGGUCAGUGCUGUGCUCACCUGCAGUGUGCAGCCUGGUCAGAGGGGGUGUGUCGUGGCGAGGGCCAAUCACUGCUCUACGUGGACAAAGCCAUCGACUCAGGAAGCACGCAGGUGUGUGCGUUCUGCCGUCGGCUCGGAGCGUCGCUGCGUUGCAGGGAGACAAGCUGUGGGCGGAGCUUCCACUUUCCGUGUGCUGCAGCCGCCGGCGCUCUGCAGGACUGGAGCCAGAGACAGACACUGUGCAGCAGACACACACACUCGGCAGCCCCCUCCUCACCGUGUGUGUUGUGUUCGAGUGCCGGAAACGCCGACUGUGUGUUGACAUGUUGUUGCUGCGGGAACUGUUACCAUGGCAGCUGCCUGGACCCCCCCCUGGAUCCCUCCUCCCUGCACCGGGCUGGCUGGCAGUGUCCUCAGUGCAGAGUGUGUCAGAGCUGCAGGUUGCAAGGGGAUGAUGGUGUGUUGCUGGUGUGUCAGCGAUGUGAUAAAGGCUACCACACACUCUGUCUCACACCACCUCUGGAUCACACACCGAGCACCGGCUGGAGCUGCAAGAACUGCAGAGUUUGCCGCCACUGUGGUGUGAGGUCAUCAGGCCAGUGGGCCAAUCACCCGUUUCUGUGCGAGUCAUGUGACCCGGCCCUGCCCUGCCCUCUCUGUGACCUCAACACACCACAGGACUAUCGGACCUGUAUCUGCUGCUAUAGGUGUGUCCACACACAGUGUAUUGUCCAGGUUGGGGAGGGCAGGGCAGGGUCUGAAGAUUACGUCUGCUCCACCUGCAGGCCUCAGGAAGAGGAGCCACUCAGUCCUACCCCGCCCCCCCCUCUCAGUCCCACACAGGCAUCUUCCAAAAACAUUUCAGAGCCACCACCACUUCCAAGUCACACAGAGGCUCCACCCAUCAGUCCCACCGCUCAUAGUCCAGUCCAGCUUACAUGCUCGCAGUCACCACAGAGUCCUGUCGAGACCCCGUGCACACAACUGACACCACCUCAUCCUGAACCCACAGAAAUACAUAGUCCUGCACACUCCCUACCUGAGCAACAAGAGCUCCAACAAAGUCCAGCACCAUCACACCCUGAAACCACAGAACUCCAACAAAUUCCCUCACCAUUGUACCCUGAUCCAACAGAGCUCCAAAAUGGUCUGGUUCCAUCACACCGUGAUCCUACAGAACAACCACAUAGUCCUGUUCCAUCACACCAUGAUCCUACAGAACAACCACAUAGUCCUGUUCCAUCGCACCCUGAUCCUACAGAACAACCACAUAGUCCUGUUCCAUCCCACCCUGAUCCUACAGAACAACCACAUAGUCCUGUUCCAUCGCACCCUGAUCCUACAGAACAACCACAUAGUCCUGUUCCAUCCCACCCUGAUCCUACAGAACAACCACAUAGUCCUGUUCCAUCCCACCCUGAUCCUACAGAACAACCACAUAGUCCUGUUCCAUCCCACCAUGAUCCUACAGAACAACCACAUAGUCCUGUUCCAUCCCACCCUGAUCCUACAGAACAACCACAUAGUCCUGUUCCAUCCCACCCUGAUCCUACAGAACAACCACAUAGUCCUGUUCCAUCCCACCCUGAUCCUACAGAACAACCACAUAGUCCUGUUCCAUCACACCCUGAUCCUACAGAACAACCACAUAGUCCUGUUCCAUCACACCAUGAAACGUCAGAGUUCAAACAAAUCCCUGAGCAAUCCCCCUGCAUUCCAACAGUGCUCCAAAACAGUCCUUUGAAAUCCCAAACAGAUACCCCAGAGCUUCCACAAAGUCCUGCACCAUUUCACCCAGAUCCAACAGAGCUCCAGAAUAGUCCUGUACCAUCCCUCCCUGAGCAAAAAGAGCUCCAACAAAGCCCUAUACAAAUGCACCCUGAUCCCACAGAACAGCAAAACAGUCCUGUACCAUCAAACCCUGAUCCUACAGAACAACCACAUAGUGCUGUACCAUCGCAUCCUGAUCCUACAGAACUCCUUAAUAUUCCUCCGCCAUCUCACCCUGAAAUGUCAGAGCUUGAAGAGAUUCCUGAGCAAUCCCUCCCCGAUCCAACAGAGCUCCAAAACAGUCCUUCACCAUUCCAACUUGUUCCCAAAGAACUCCCACAAAGUCCUGAACCAUCGAUCUCUGAUUUGACAGAACUUGAAAGGAGUCCUGCACCCUCGCAACCUGGUCCCACAGAACUCCUAAAGAGUCCUGCACCAUCCAGCACUGUACCCACAGAGCUCCAACUGAUUUCAGAGCAAUCCCACCCUGAUCCAACCAAGCUCCAAAACAGUCCUUCGCCAUCACAGACAGAUACCACAGAACUCCUACGAAGUCCUACACUAUCGCACCCUGAACUCACAGAGAUCCUAGAAAUUUCUGCGCCGUCUCACCCUGAGCCUGAAGAAGAACAUCAAAUUCCUGUCCCAUCACAACUUGGUCCCACAGAACUCCAAAAGAGUCCUGAACCACCCAACCUUAAUCCCACAGAAAUCCUAAAGAGUGUUGUACCAUCUGGCACUGAACCUGGUGAGCUCCAACUAAUUAAUUUGCCAUUUCAACCUGAACCGAAACAGCUUCAAGAUGUUCCUGCGACAUGCCCACCUGAUUCAACAGAGGUCCAAAAGAGUCCUGUAGCAACACAACAUGAACCCACAGAACUCCAACAAAUAACUAAACCGUCCCAAUCAGAACCCACAGAGCUUCAGGCAUGCCCACCUGACUCAACAGAACUCCAAAAAAGUCCUGCGCCAUCCCAUUUAGAACACACAGAACUCGAGAACAGUCCUACACCAUCUCAUCCGGAUCAUGCAGAACUGCUAGAUACUCCUGUUUCACCACAUCCUGAUUUGACAGUACUCCAAGCAAGUCCUGAACCAUCGCAUCUAGCUUUCACUGAGCUACAGCAAAGUCCUUCACCAACCCACCCUGACCCAACGGAACCCCAAAAUAGUUGUGAACCAUCUCAUCCGGAUCAUGCAGAACUGCUAGAAACUCCUGUUUCACCACAUCCUGAUUCGACGGAACUCCAAACAAGUCCUGAACCAUCGCAUCUUGCUUUCACUGAGCUACAGCCAAGUCCUUCAGCAGACCACCCUGACCCAUCAGAACUACAAAACAGUUCUGUACCAUCUCAUCCUGAUCACGAAGAACUACAAGAAACUCCUGUUCCAUCUCAUCCUGAUUCCCCAGAUCUCCAACAAAGUUCACCAAUAUCUCACAGUGGCCUGACAAAUGUACUGGAAACCCCAGCUUCAUUGAAUCCUUUAGAGGACCAGGAGAGCCCCACCUCACCUCAAGUUAGUCCAACAGAGGUUCAACAAAUCCCAACCCACUUUACAUCCUUUCAGGCUCAGCAGAGUCCUUUUCAGGUCAGGAACACCUCUUCCAGCCCUACCCUGAACUCCACAGAGGAUCAGAUUUUGGCCACAGACUCUCAGCAUAGUCCAAUGCAGGGUAGUCAUUUGGCUUGUAGCCUUGUACUGUCUCCAGUAGGGCUUAGUCCUACCCGGGUUCAGUCUGGACCUGAGCAGAUCCCUUCACCACACGCUUCACAGUCACCGCCCUACAGACCAUGUAGUCAUGCUUACAUCAGCACACAGCUUCAGAACAGAACCCCGCAAAGACACCGUAGUCCUACGCCACAUAGUCCUGAACAGGUCAGCAAAUCCCCCCCACAGAGUCCCCCUCAGGAGGCCGAACGUACACUGGAUUAUGAGAGCCCUGGAUCGAGCAGCCCUGCUGGAGUGCGAUGUGGGCCAGCACAGGGCCUUUCUACACUGAACCUCUCACCACAAAGACCCGCCUCACUGCGGUCCAUCUCAGCGCCAUGUAGCCCCUCACCAGUCCCCCUCAGAGUCACAAAGUGUAGUCUGUCACAACCUGCCAGCCCAGUACAGGUCCAGUCUACAGAGCCUUUGCAGCUUCCCUCUCAGUCAAGACUCACAGAGGAACUAACAGGUACCACAGAUCAUAAAAUUGGUGCACAAACACUGGAAAGUAGCCCCCCCUCUAACCACGGCACAGAUGAAGAACUCCCAGACCAGCCUGGACUCAGCCCCCAUCACGGUCCUUCCACGCCAGCACCAGAAAGCCUUGUUCACAUUAGCCUAACUAGCUCACCUUGUGAAACGGAGGAAGUUAGCUUCACUCAGGGGGUUCCUUCUCGUGAAAGUUGUAAAGAAGCUACUGAAGGGAGCCCCACACAUAUCCAAAACAGCAUACCAUUGGAGACUAGCCCUGCAGAGACUGGUUCAUCAGCAGAACUGGCUGAAUCCAUCCAGCCAAGUCAGGAUGAGGAGAUGGAGGAAGUUGGCCAAUCCCCAAGUCCUUUUAUUCUGUCAGACACUCCUCAGAGCCAUCUGGACAGUCAAACAGAAGCUAACAGCGUGGUGAACUACAUGCAUGUUCAAGAGGGAACUAGUCCUACUUUUUUACAGCCCCUAGAGACUGAGGCGAGCAGCCAAAGUCCAACAAGCCCUGGUCAGUCAAAUGUUCAAACUAUCUGCAGUCCUUGUCCUGCUUCUCCAGGUCAAACAAGCCUCCUGCCAGCUAGCUUUAGUCCUCCACACUGUAGUAGCUCAAGGUCUGCUAGCCACAGUCCACCUAGGUCUAGUCCUGCUGGUCAAGCUAGUCCUGUUCACAUAGAGAGCACCUGUAGUCCAGUCCAAAGACGGUCUCCCUCGUUAGCUAGCUCAACAAACAGCAGCCCCGCACAUGCUACUGUCUUCGCUUGUUUUAGCCCACCUCACAGUCCAGCUCAGGACAGAGAGACACAUCGUAGCCCAGCUCACAGCCCAGCUCCUGACACUCUAACCAGUUCUGCGGCACAGCUGAGCCCCAGUUCGAGUCUGGAUGUGGACUCCAUUUCUAUCAUCCAGAGCUGUGAUCUUCCCAGUGGGGUUCACAUGGAUUCUUGUGUUGUGGACAGUGUUAAGCUGACGAGCCCAGUACCUGCCAGUUCCCUACCUGAUGGCUCUGUUAGUCCAAAUCAGGCCUUAGCUAUUACUAGUUCAACCCCCCAGCACAGCCCUGCCUCAAAAAAACCCUUUUAUCAGACGGAAGCCUCCCCUGUUGAUGCUACUUCCACCCCAGCUAGUCCGAGCCAUGCUAGUCCCACUCAGGAUAACACUGCGAUGCCUAGCACUAGACACAUUAGUGAAACCCCCGCUAGUCUCCCACCCUGCACCCCCUCACAGGUUAGCCCUCCUCAUGCUAGCUCUGUGCACAGUAGCCCAGAUGCUAGUCCGGUUCAUGGCGCUGUACUGUCAGGUGAGACACAAGUCAGUCCUACCAGCCCACUGCCGCUAGAGGCUAGUCCUGGUCCUGGUAGCCCACUGCCGCUAGAGGCUAGUCCUGGUCCUGGUAUCCCACUGCCGCUAGAGGCUAGUCCUGGUCCUGGUAGCCCUCUGCAGCUAGAGGCUAGUCCUGGUAGCUCUUUGAGACUAGAAGCUAGUCCUGGUCCUGGUAGCCCUCUGCGGCUAGAGGCUAGUCCUGGUAGUCCUUUGAGACUAGAGGCUAUUCCUGUUCCUGUUAGCCCUUUGAGGCUAGAGGCUAGUCCUGGUCCUGGUGGCCCUGUGAGGUGUGAGGCUACUCCUGGGGAUUCUGAAGCCAGCUUUAGUCCUGGUCCUACAAGCCCACUGCAGACUGAAGCUGGUCCUGGAGUCAUCUCUUUUUCCAGCCCCCUGGCGGACCCUACCGAGUCAGCAGCCACUGAGGACAUCAUGGAGGAGCAGCAGGAGAGACUCAAGACUGAAGAACAGGGGGAAGAGGAAAAGUUUGAAGAAGAGGAGGAGGUUCAACAGACAGUAAAGGAGAGUCCAGAAGAACAAGAGGAGGAGUCGGAGGGAGGAGAGCAGGAAGUCCUGAAUGAAGAAACUCCUCUCGAUGCUCCUCCCUCCCCACAACCCACCUCACCACACUCUGCCUUACCCCUACCUCCCUCCCCCUCUCCUCUUCCUCUUAGAGCUGGCUCUCUGGAGGCCUCCCCCCCUCCCCACAGAACUGCCUUACUCUCCCCUUGCUCCCCCCACAGUGUCCCUCUCCUUUCCACCGAUCAAAGAGAAACACCAACUCCCUGUGAUGUGACAUUAGCGGACGAUGACAGCCAAUCACAGAGCCAGGUUCAACCCACCAAAGACGAGCACCAAUCACACGCUGAGCCUUCGGAGAGGGGGGCGGGGCAGAAAACACCGCAGCCAAUAGCAGAGGAGGAGGAGGAGGAGGCAAAUGAGGAUCAGGAGGACCAAUCAGAUGUGGACGAGCUGGAACUGGACGUCUCACUAGACCUGGAGGUGAUGGAGCUGAUGAACUCCUCACCCCCCCCCUCCCUUCUUCACCUAUCCACCCCCAGCCCUCCCCUCUCCUGUCGGGGGACAUCUCGAAGACCCCCUCCCCCCUCUUCCAGGCCGUCCGACGACCUCUCUAUCCGUCUGAGGCAGUCUCCCUUCUCCACUGAGGCCUCCCCCGAAACCUCCCCCGCCAGAGCCCCCGUCACCCCGCCUCCUCUCUCCCCUCCCUCACCCCUUCUGCGGUACUCACCCCCCAUCAGAGAAACGACACCGCUCUCAAAGCCCCCGGCUCUCCCGCUUACAGUGCUCCCCCUCACCCCAAAGAUUGGGAUGGGUAAACCGGCCAUCACUAAGAGGAAGUUCUCCCCGGGCCGAGCCAGAGUCAAACAGAGUUCGUGGUGGAGUAGCCGCCGGGCAGUGAGCCCCCCCUCGUCCUCCCAGGACUCCAUGGGGGAGGCAGGGUGGGACAGCCCGAAGCCUCGCACCCCCGACUCCCCCCUGUGGAGCAUCAAAGUGGGUCGUGGUUCUGGGUUCCCUGGCAGAAGGAGGUCCAGAGGAGGAGGUCUGGGAGGAAGAGGAGGUAGAGGAAGGAGUCGGCUGAAGACUCAGGACUGUGUGGCUGUGUCACCUGGAAGUGUGUACGUGGAGGCCUACCAGCCGAAGGAGGAAGAGGAGAACUCGAUGCACAACACGGUGGUGAUGUUCUCCACCUCGGACCACUUCACCCUCAGACAGGACAUUUGUGUGGUGUGUGGUAGUUUCGGUCAGGGUGCUGAAGGCCGGCUGCUGGCCUGCUCUCAGUGUGGACAGUGUUACCAUCCGUACUGCGUCAACGUUAAGAUCACGCGGGUGGUGCUGACCAAAGGGUGGCGCUGUCUGGAGUGCACGGUGUGUGAGGCGUGCGGUGAGGCGAGCGACCCGGGCCGCCUCCUGCUGUGCGACGACUGCGACAUCAGCUACCACACGUACUGCCUGGACCCGCCCCUGCACACCGUGCCCAAAGGAGCCUGGAAGUGCAAGUGGUGUGUGUGGUGUGUGCAGUGUGGCUCCUCCUCCCCCGGGCUGUACAGUGACUGGCAGAAUAACUUCAGCCUGUGUGGGCCCUGCUCCAGCCUGAGGAACUGCCCCCUGUGCCAUAGGCUAUACCUCCAGGACGAGCUCAUCCUGCAGUGCAACCAGUGUGACCGGUGGGUGCACUCUGUGUGUCAGGGUCUGCACUCGGAGGAAGACGUGGAGAUCGCCGCUGAUGAAGGUUUCGACUGUUCACUGUGCAGGACUCACGGCCGGGGGGAUUCCUACGGAAAGUCAGAGAGCUUUGAAACUCCCUACAUGGCUCAGAUCAUCUCCAGGAUCAGAGAACCAGAGAGGAAGACGUACUCUCAGGACGGAGUGUGUCUCACGGAGUCUGGUCUGUCUCACCUGCAGUCUCUGGUAGAGCCGCUCACCUCCCCCCGCAGGUACACCAGGUGUAAACCCAAGCUGAAGCUGAGGAUCAUCAACCAGAACAGCGUGUCUGUCCUGCAGACCCCCGACCCCCCCACUGAGCAGGACCCCAGCAGAGGCGAGAUCGAGUGUGAGAUGAAAUCCGACUCCAGCCCCGAGCGAGACCACGCCCACGACGACGAUGUCAUCAAGGAGGCCGAGGUUAACGACGCCAACAAGAAGAGGAAGAGGAAACCCUACAGGCCAGGUAUCGGGGGUUUCAUGGUGCGGCAGCGUGGAGGGAAAUCCGGCCCAAGCAGGAUCAAGCUGUGCAGGAAGGAUUCAUCCGAGAGGCUGCCGGGGGGGGAGGAAGACGUUUCCAUGGAGACGGCACCGGCUGCUGACCAGUCCAUGGAGAAGGUGAAGAAGAGGUACAGGAAGAAGAAGACGAAGCUGGAGGAGGAGUUCCCUUCUUAUCUCCAGGAGGCGUUCUUCGGGCGGGUUCUCCUGGAUCAGAGUCGGCACGUAGAAAGGCGGCAGGAGGCUGCAGGUGUCGGCCAAUCGGGAGCUGCAACAGGUGACGUGAGAGGCCCCGCCCCAGCAAUGCAAGGCCCCACCCCAGCUAGCCUGCCACUCGCCGCCAUGCUCACGAAUGCCAUCAAGAAGCAGGGGUCGCUGCCCAUGACGGAGGAAGCUCUGUUGGAUCUCUCUGAUGUUCUCAACACUGAUCCUCACAUACUGGCCACAGGACACUCAGGUCCGUUCCACGUGGAGCGCUCCCUCUCUCCGUUUGCCGGUUUAGACAUCAGCUCCAUGGACGCUCUGACAAGAAGUGUGCGUGGCCAGAGGGGGGUGCAGGAGGAGCCUCUGGACGCCAUCCUGAGUCCUGAGCUCGAUAAGAUGGUCACUGACGGUGCCAUACUCAGCAAACUGUACAAGAUCCCAGAGCUGGAGGGGAAAGACGUGGAGGACGUUUUCACGGCCGUCCUCAGUCCGAACCGCAACAACAACAACCAACAACAGGAGCACACACACACUGCUGCUGGGAGCAAGACACACACACACCACGCAGCUCCGGUGUUCCCUCGUCUCCCGCUGGUGAACGGCCUGAUGGGAGCCUCUCCUCACUUCCAAAACGCUCCCAUGAUGCACAGCGGCGCCCAGAGUCCGGCAGCGUACAGGAUGGCUCCUCCUGAGAGCCCCGCCCCCUCCCCGGCCAAUCGGGGAGCGGCGUGCGAGGGCGAACAGGAAGCCAUGUCGACGGCGCAGAGGGGCAUGCUGAAGUGGGAGAAGGAGGAGGCGCUGGGAGACAUGGCAACCGUCGCUCCUGUCCUAUACUGCAACACCAAGCACCCCCACCUGAAGGAGGAGCACCCCGACUGGUCGACCCGAGUGAAGCAGAUCGCUAAGCUGUGGAGGAAAGCCAGCUCUCAGGACAGAGCUCCCUUUGUGCAAAAGGCUCGAGAUAACCGAGCGGCUCAGCGCAUCAACAAGGUGCAGGUGCCCCCCGAGCCGCUCAAACGCCCCCCAAUCGCACAGCCCCCUCCACCACCAACACAACCAGCAGCAGCUCUGCCCCCGGGACUGUACGACCCCGACACCAUGGACCCAGAGGCCUUCCCCGAUGCAUUCAGGGACUCCGACGGGUUCAGGGACCCUCUGAGACCCCGGGAGACGGAGCAGGAGCAGGAGUGGAAGUUCAGACAGGGAGAGGGUAAAGACAGAGGGGGAGCCAAAGCCCUAAAAUCACCAUCAGAUAAAGAUUGUCCCUACCAGGCAUCUGUAGCAGGACCAGAGGCUCUGAUCAUGCGUCAGAAGAGUAAGCAGCAGGCGAAGAUCGAGGCGACCCAGAAGCUGGAGCAGGUGAAGAGUGAGCAGCUCCAGCAGCAGCGGCAGCAGCACCUCCUCCCCCCCGUCUCCCCCGAUGCUGGAAGCCGGAGCCCCUCGGACCCCCCCCCCUCUAGGCAGCAUGAUGACGUCUUCCUCCGCCCACAAGCCCCGCCCCCAUCUGGGUUUUCCUCCCUCCCCCACUCCCCUCUCCCUUCUUCCCCUCUCCACCAACCACCAUCCUCCCCUCAGAUGUUCUCUCCCCCCUCCUCCCGCCCCUCUUCACCCUGGGACCCCUACAGUAAGAUGGCAGGGACACCUCGCCCCACCACUUCCCAGCCUCCCCAAGCCCCCCAGCUGCAGCGGCACAACUCCCUGGGAGCCUCCCCCGCCCACGACGCCUUCGGCUCCCCCGCACCGUCCCCCGACUCAAAAACCCCCGACAGGACCCUCGGACCCCUACAAGGUCUGCAGCAGGGCCGGUCUGUCAUGAUGAGCCCCCCCUCGGGUUCAGCCCCUUCUGGUCAGGUUGGUCUUCGGGGCCCGGAGUACCAAAGGCCUCCUCACAGUAACAUCCGUGUGGGGGGGUCUGAACUGUACAGUCGGGGGGGUGAACUGGUCCAGGGCGGCGUGUUUAAAGCCCCGAUGCCCCCCCAGCAGCCGGAGUCCUUUGGCCCCCCAGCAGGAGUUAGGAGACCCACAGAUCUGGGCUUUGACUUCCCCUCCAGUCCACUAUCAGGCCUGGGCUCCCCCCACCGGAGCCCCUACGCCCAGCAGAUCCCAGACCCCUUCCCCCAGCUCUCCCCCCUGACCUCCCGGCCCUCACCUGACCCCUACAACAACCCCCCCGGGGCCUCCCGCCCACAUACUGACCCGGCCUACCUGGCCCAGUACAACCACCAGCAGCAGCAGCAGCAGCAGACCCGGCGACCGUCGCCCUCCCACCAGAACCUGGACCCCUACGCCUCUAAGCCAGGCACCCCCCGGCCCUUCCCUCGAUCGCCAGGGGGGCAGCGCAACACUGACCCGUACGCCCAGCAGCCCUCCACCCCGAGGCCGUACACAGGGGAGGGGUUAGGACUCCAUGAGACCUUCAACCCCGAACACCACCAGUUGCAGCAGUCUCCAGGAAGACUACAACCACAGCAACAGGACUCAUUUCCCAGAAACCCCGGGGGCAGCCAGACUCCAAAGCACCCUGGGAAGUCGGAGGAGAGUGGGUACCAUGGUGGUCAGACUCCGAUUCACGACCCCUUUGAACAGCAGGGUCACAUGACACCGGGCCCCUCGCAGACAGAAAAGACGACAGCCAAUGACAUGGCGGUGCUGGGCGGGGCCUCUUUAGAUGGACCAAUGAGCAUGCUGCCUCAACUUGGGGACUCGGAGGAGAAGCUCAGACAGCGUCAGCGUCUCCGGCAGCUGAUCCUGAGGCAGCAGCAGCAGAAGAGUGCUCUGCGUCAGGAGAAAGGUUUGCAGGAAGCUGGUACGGCUGGUCCCCCCGGAGCCCCCUCUGGUAUUGCAGGACCACGACUCUGGCCCCAGCCGGACCCUUCAGCUGCCCCCCCUACAGACAUGUUUGGACGCCCUCCGCCUCCUUACCCCGGCACCAUGAGGCCCGGUGGACCCGCUCAGGUUCCCCGGUUCCCUGGAGGUUUCCCUGGGGAGCAGCAGAGGGGCUUCACCCCCAGAGAGAUGGGAGUCCGAGGCCCAGUCAUGAGGUUCGGUGUUCCUCCAGGAGCUCCAGCAGGUCUCCAGGACUCCUUCAUGCGUCCCCCCCAGGGAUCAGUGCCUGGCUCUGGGCUCGGCCUGAUAGAUGGAGUCCCGGCCCAAAUGAGGAGGCCGAUGGCGGGCGAUUUCCCCGGGAACCGGCCCCUCCCUGCUCCUGGAGCCCACCCUCACAUGAUGCAAGGUGUCCAACAGCCCUUCCUCCCGCGCUCCCUCCCCCUGCAGCAGCACAGCAUCAUGGGACAGCCGUACAUCGAGCUCCGUCACCAGGCUCCAGAGCACCGCCUGAGGCUGAACUUCCCCCACCCCGAGACCCCCCUUAUGCAUCCCCGAGACCCCCAGCCCUCCCCCCUCCGGCCGAUGGGCCAGCAGGUGAUGCUGGAACAUCUGAACCAGCAGCACCAUCAGCAGAACCUGGACAACCUGGAGGAGCACCUGGAGGACUCGGCCGUCAAGGACCUGGAGGACGUGGAGGUGAAGGACCUGGUGGACCUGAACCUGAACCUGGACCCUGAAGACGGUAAAGAGGACCUGGACCUGGGUCCUAACGACCUCCACCUGGACGACUUCCUGCUUUCUGGGAAGUUCGACCUCAUCGCCUACGCCGACCCGGAGCUGAACCUGGAGGACAAGAAGGACAUGUUCAACGAGGAGCUGGACCUGGGGGAGCAGGUGGAAGAGGCGGGGAACAGGAAGUCAGAGCUGGCGCAGAUCAAACAGGAAGUGCUGGACGGAGCCCAGACUGAAGCAGCUAACAGCAGAGCAUUAGGAUCUGGAUCAGGAUCUGAAACAGGAUCAGGGGCUCUACCGGCUCUACAGACCCAGGAACAGGCUCUGGCUCACAGGAUUGAGCCCCCCAUGGCUGGAGGUCCGCGACCGGUCUUUCAUCAGAGAGCGUUGGGACCCCAUCCCUCUACUCUUUUCCCCCCCCUCCCUCAGGCUUCUCCCCUCCAGCCACCCCAGCUUCCCCAGCCUCGCCUCCUCCUCACACCCCAGAACCAGCUCCCUCACCUGGGCCCUUCCACCCAGAGCCCAGCUCCCUUCCCGCAGAACCAAAACCAGAUCCUAAACCAGAACCAGAUCCUAAACCAGCUCCAGAACCAGCUCCAGAUGCAGGAUCUGGACCAGAGGCACCUUCUGCUGCAGGAUCAGCCGCUCCUCCUGCAGGACCUGCUGGACCAGGAGCGCCAGGAGCAGCAGCAGCAGAAACAGAUGCAGGCUCUGAUCCGACAAAGGGGCCCCAAUGACCCCGGGGCCUCCCCUAUUGACUUUGACUCGAUCCCAGACCCCAUCAUGAAGGCGAAGAUGGUGGCUCUGAAGGGAAUCAACAAGGUGAUGACCCAGAGCAGCCUGGGCCUCAACCCCAUGGCCAUCAACAGGUUCCAGCAGGCCCCAGCGCCCCCGGUUGCUCAAGUGGUCCCUGUGGUCCCUGUGGUCCCUGUGGCCCCUGUGGCCCCGGUGGCCCCGGUGGCCCCGGGUCCCGAGGAACCUCCUCCCCACAUGGUGCUGCAGGACGGGCAGCUGCCCCCCCGGCUGGUGAGACCAAACCCCCCCAACUUCAGCCCGGGCUUCAGUAACGAGGCUCAGCGGCGGCAGUACGAGGAGUGGCUCGGGGAGACGCAGCGCCUCCUGCAGAUGCAGCAGCGCCUCCUGGAGGAGAAGAUGGCGGCGCACAGGAAGACCAAGAAGUCUCUGUCGGCCAAACAGAGGACGGCCAGGAAGGCGGGGCGAGAACUCACCGAGGAGGACGCUGCCACCAUGAGGAGUGUCAGCGAGCAGCAGGGGGCGCUGCAGAAACAGCUGGAGCAGAUCCGUAAGCAGCAGAAGGAUCACUCUGAGCUGAUCGAGGACUACAGGAGUAAACACCAGAGAGCAGGCCCCCCCCCACAGAGCCCCAUGCAGCCCCUCCCAGGAGGCCCCACACCGACACUCAGACCCAACACCCCGGGUUGGACCCCGGUGAUUGGGGGGGCUCCGGGUGUGAUGGCUCAGAGGAUGCCUCUUCUUCUGCCCCCUCAGAUGCCCCCUGCCCAGCCUAAAGCCCCCCCACUCGCACAGACUCCUCCGACCAUGCUGCCGGGUGUCACUGCUGUGCCCCGGGGUCCCCCCCCUGCAGGAGGAGGGGCCAACGGAGCUGCUCAGGUGAAGUUUGACGACAACAACCCGUUCAGUGAGGGCUUCCAGGAGAGAGAGAGGAGGGAGAGGCUGAGGGAGCAGCAGGAGAGGCAGAGAGUGCAGCUGAUGCAGGAGGUGGAGCGUCACCGGGCCCUGCAGCAGAGGCUGGAGCUGGAGCAGCAAGGCAUGCUGGGAGCCGGAGGAGCUCCAUCAGGGCCUCGGGCCCCCGGAUGUGUGGAGAGCAGCCUCUCCCAGAUGCCCUUCUUCAGCACCGAGCUGCCGCAGGACUUCCUGCAGUCGCCCCCCCCCUCCAGACCCCAGCUCUUCCCCGGGACCCCGAGGCCCCCCAACCCACCGGGCUCCCACCGCUUCGACUCCCCCCCCUCUUCCUCAAUGAUGGCGCUGUACUCUGACGUUCUGCCCGACGACAGGCAGAAGAGGAGGAGCCGGACCCCACUGUCCUCUGAUGACAUCACGGCCCCACCCACCCCCGCCAGGUCCGACACUUCCUGCUCCACGCCCCCCCGCAGCAGCCUGGACCAAUCAGAGUUUAACUUCUCUGUAAGCUCCGCCCUCUCCGGGCUCGCCCCCUCCUCAGAGCUGGAGAGGCAGCUGUCCGUCACCCAGAGAGGCCCCGCUGAUUUAGGUCGCAUGGAGGUCAAGCAGGAGCUAGUGGAGGGAGGAUCUUGUGGGGGGGGCGUGGUGAAGCUGGAGGAGUGUAGGGGGGACGGUUUGUUCUCCCCCUCUCCUCUCCAGGGGGGAGGGGACACGGGUAAGGAGCUGCUGCGUCACCUGCUGAAGGAGAAGACCUCCCCUGACCCCAACCAAUCACCGUGCGCCGCCAGACGCCUGCCGUCCAAUGACAGCGUCCGAUCUGAGGAGGAGGAGGGGCCAGGGAUGCAUGGCAACCUGAUGGACUCCCCCGAUUCUUUGGACCCCUCCGGCAGGAAGAAGCCCCCCCGCUGUAAGAGACUCGCCCGACCAGAGAAAGGACCUCCCAAAAACAAGAGGAGGAAGAAGGAAGAGGAGCUGCUCUCCUCCUCCUCGUCCUCCGAGCUGGUGGGGACUCACCUGCGACAGCUGUCGGUGCUGCCCCUAAUGGAGCCGGUGCUGGGGGGAGACCUGAACCUGUUCCCCCCGUACGGCAGCUCCUCUCUGGGGUCAGAGUCCAGACUAACGGGCUCCUUUGGAAAUGGCUGCCUGGAGGGGGUCACCGACUACUACUCUACCCUCAUAUACAAGCAGAACAACCUGAGUAACCCCCCCACCCCUCCAGCCUCCCUGCCUCCCACUCCCCCACCUGCGCCCCGGCAGAAGCAGAUCAACGGCUUUGCGUCGACCGAGGAGCUGCAGAGGAAGGAGGUGAAAGGUGCAAAGCAGAAGGGGGAGGAGCUUCUGGCUCUAAACCAUGCCUCCAAAACAGUGGACGUCCCCGCCUCCCUGCCGACCCCCCCGCACAACAACCAGGAGGAGCUCAGGGUGGACUCGUCGGGCCGCAGCUCUCCGGAGGGCUACGUUCCCUCCUCGUCUCCAGAGUGCGAGGCGGAGGUGGAGGUCAGCCGUUACCCUGACCUCUCCUUCAUCAAGCUGGAGCCUCCCUCGCCUUGCCCCUCGCCUACAUUACCCAUGAUGCCCUGCGCCUGGGGGAAAGGCUCUGCAGUGAAACAGGAAGUGAAGGUGGAGCCUCACCAUCAGGCUCCUCCCUGCUCCAACACUGACCUGGUUACCAUAGCGAUCACCCUCAACCCCGUCGCAGCGCAGAGCGUGGCCGGUGUGAUGGCGGCAGUAGCCGAGCUGCUUCGUGUCCCGGUCCCCACAGACUACCAGCUGAGCCGCCCCCCCGGCCCCGAGCGAAGUGUUCUUGCCCUGCUUGCCGGAGUCCGGGUGCCCCAGGGUGUAACAGGAAGCAGGAUGCAGAGACCCCCGCCUGCUGCUGGGAACACUGGUGUCAGAAUGGACUACAUCCAACAUGGUGGCCCCGCUGCCGCCGCUGCCCGGACUCAGUGCUGCAGCUACUGCAAGGUGCUGCUGGGAAACGGAGUCCGCAUCAGCAAGGAGAUCAAACAGGAGGGUCAGCCCCGGGCGUCCCGCCUGAUGUUCUGCAGCACCAACUGUUUGUCUCUGUUCACCUCCGACCUGCAGAGCAGAGCCGCUAACAAGACCCCCCUCAUGUUGGCGGGCCCUGAGCGCCCCCCCUGCAGGGUGCAUCAGUACACCAGCAACAUGUCCACUAUCGCAGUUCACUCCCUCCUUCUCCCCCGCUCCUCUCCUCCCCCCUCAUCCUCACCCCCUCUCUCCUUCCCCCCCGCCGCCGCCAUCACCACGGAGGCCCGGCCCCGCAUGGACAGCCUGAAGGUGAAGGUGAAGCUGAAGCCCCGCCCCCGUGCUGUCCCUGGGGGGGAUGACUCGCCUCGCUCCGGAAAGAGGACAAAGUGCUGCAGGUGGAGGAGGUGGAGCUUCAACAUCACGCUCAGCAGGGGCCCUUGCACCCCUAACAAGGCGGUUUCCAUGCCCACGGAAGAGGAAGUGGACGUACUCCUGAAGAAGUUGGGGGCACGUCUCCGUCCGGACCCCUUCCCUAAAGAUGAGCGGAGGUGUUGCUUCUGUAACCAGCCCGGGGACGGACGUACAGACGGACCGGCCCGCCUGCUGAACCUGGACCUGGACCUCUGGGUGCACCUGAACUGCGCCCUCUGGUCCUCGGAGGUGUAUGAAACCCAGGCCGGAGCUCUGAUCAACGUGGAGCUCGCCCUGCGGCGCUCUCUCACCCUGUGCUGCGCCCACUGUCAGAGGAGGGGAGCGACCAGCGGCUGCAACCGGCUGCGCUGCACCAACACCUACCACUUCAGCUGUGCCCUGCUGGCCCACUGCACCUUCUUCAAGGACAAGACGAUGCUGUGCCACCUCCACAAGCCCAGGUCUGUGGGGGGAGGGGGUGAUCGCUGUUCCUCCUCCGGCUCCUCCCCCCCCUCCGACCCGGUGGUGUUGCUAAGCGACCCUUACGACUGCGAGCUGCGCUGCUUCGCUGUGUUCCGGCGCGUCUUCGUGCAGCGCGACGAGGCGCGGCAGAUCGCUGCGGUGGUGCAGCGCGGGGGGGGGCCACACACCUUCCGGGUGGGCAGCCUGCUGUUCCACGCCGUCGGGAGGCUCCUCCCCCAGCAGAUGAGAGGCUUCCACAACAAGACCGCCAUCUUCCCCAUCGGGUACCGCGCUGACCGCAUCUACUGGAGCAUGAGACACAGCAACAGGCGCUGUAAGUACCUGUGCUGUGUGGAGGAGCAGGAGGGCCGGCCGCUCUUCAAGGUGAAGGUGGAGGAGCAGGGGUACGAUGACAUCAUCCUCACCGGACCCUCCCCCAAAGUGGUGUGGGAUCAGGUCCUGGAGCCGGUCUCUCAGCUCCGGGUCUCCGGUGGGACUCUGAAGCUGUUCCCGGUUUACCUGAAGGGAGAAGAUCUGUUCGGACUCACCACCUCCGCCGUGACCAGGAUCAUUGAGUCGCUGCCGGGGGUGGAGGUGUGUGAUCAGUACACCUUCAGGUACGGCAGGAACCCUCUGAUGGAGUGGCCCCUCGCCUUCAACCCCACAGGGUCCGCUCGCUCCGAACCCAAGGCCUGCCAGACCAAGAGGCCCACCCUGCUGACCAGUGUGGCCCCCCGCUGUCAGGGCUCAGUGGGCUCCAUCGUGGGCCCCGUGCCCGGCAUCCUCUCCCUGUCCCCGGGGGAGUUGGUGCUUGGGGGGAUGCACCAGGGCAGACACUCCAAGUCGUCCCAGUACCGACGCAUGGUGAGCGAGUGGAAAACCAACGUCUACCUGGCUCGCUCCCGCAUUCAGGGUCUGGGUCUGUACGCUGCCAGAGACAUGGAGAAGUGCACCAUGGUGAUCGAGUACAUCGGGACCAUCAUCAGGAGCGAGGUGGCCAACAGGAAGGAGAGGCUGUACGAGGCACAGAACCGCGGUGUGUACAUGUUCCGGAUUGAUAACGACUUUGUGAUCGACGCCACCAUCACAGGAGGACCGGCUCGGUACAUCAACCACUCGUGUUCUCCUAACUGCAUCACGGAGGUCGUCUCGGUAGAGAAAGAAAACAAGAUCAUCAUCAGUUCCUGCAGACGCAUCCAGAGGGGAGAGGAGCUGUCAUACGACUACAAGUUCGACCUGGAAGACGACCAGCACAAAAUCCCCUGUCACUGCGGAGCCGUCAACUGCAGGAAGUGGAUGAACUGAACACACACACACACACACACACACACACACACACACACACACACACACAUUGGUGCUGAGGCUACAUUCAUAUCAGAAGUUCUGAAAUAAUAAAGUGAUCACAGAUCUGAUCAGAUAUGACGACCGAAGAGGGUUUGAUUGACAGGCGAGGGGCGGGGCUAACAGGUGAUUGACAGGCGGGGCGGGGCUUAUGCUGAGGCUGGUCCUCUGUGUGUAUAUUGUGUUAAAAUGAUGUAAAUGUGAAAUAGCAGAAUGUCUCAUUAAGUUGCACUAUAGAAAAACUAAAAACACAAAAACAGAUCUCACAGAAACAUACUUGAUUCCCCCCCCACCCCGGCCCCUCCCUGCGUUUUGUUAAUUUCUGUAAAAUAAGAGAUUUUUUGUUCUUUUUUUUUGUAUUUAUUACUGAAUGAAGCUAUUUUCUAAAUCACGAUGAGUUCAAGGUCCGCAGUCGCAGCCUGUAAAUAUCUGUAUCAUAAAUUUAACAGAAGAGUUUAGAGUGCUACGUUUUAAAUAACGUUUCCUGUGGGCGGGGGUCACCGCUGGCCUUCAUUUCCUGUGUGUUUUUUCACCCUGCGUUUUGUCUGCGGGUGUUUUCAGUUUGAGCGUCAGCACUGUGUACAGGCGACUUUCUGGUUUUUUUUAUUAUUCCACGUAAAAAUCUGUGUGAUGAUGUUUUUUGUUUUUGGGAAAAAUGUGGAAUCUGAUUUAGAAUCAUUUACAGAAAAUAAAAUAUUUUACAUCUUGAAAAAUUAACAA